CCAGGUGCCCCCGAGCUGGCUCCUUCCUGGCUGACACAGUCGCCUUGCUUCUUCCCACCUAUCGGGAGCCCACCCGCCAGGGGAGCAACCAUGCCCUACCUCUAUCGGGCCCCAGGGCCCCAGAAGCACCCGGUUCCCAAGGACGCCCGUGCCACCCACUCCUCGGGCCAGAGCUUCGAGCAGCUGAGGCAGGAGUGUGUGCACAAGGGCAUCCUGUUUGAGGAUGCAGACUUCCCAGCCGACAGCUCCUCGCUCUUCUACAGUGAGAGGCCCCAGAUCCCCUUCGUGUGGAAACGGCCAGGGGAAAUAGUGGAAAACCCAGAAUUCAUCCUUGGAGGGGCCACCAGGACAGAUAUCUGCCAGGGGGAGCUUGGCGACUGCUGGCUAUUAGCUGCCAUCGCCUCCCUGACGCUGAAUGAAAAAGCUCUGGUUCGAGUCGUCCCCCAGGACCAAAGCUUUGGACCCGGUUAUGCCGGGAUAUUCCAUUUCCAGUUUUGGCAGCACAGCGAAUGGCUGGAUGUGGUCAUCGAUGACCGACUGCCCACCUUCAGGGACCGCCUGAUCUUCCUCCACUCGGCCGACCACAGAGAGUUCUGGAGUUCCCUGCUGGAAAAAGCCUACGCCAAGCUGAGCGGUAGCUACGAGGCUCUGAAGGGAGGCAGCGCCAUCGAGGCCAUGGAAGACUUCACCGGGGGUGUAGCAGAGACCUUUGCAACUAAAGAGGCUCCAGAGAACUUCUAUGAGAUUCUGGAGAAGGCCUUGAAGAGGGGCUCUCUCGUGGGCUGCUCCAUUGAUAUCCGAAAUGCUACAGAGUCUGAAGCCCGGACACCUUUUGGUCUCAUUAAGGGCCAUGCCUACAGUGUGACAGGAAUUGACCAGGUAAACUUCCAAGGCCGGAACACGGAGCUCAUCAGAGUCCGGAACCCUUGGGGCCAGGUUGAGUGGAACGGGUCCUGGAGUGACAGUUCCUCCGAGUGGCUUUCGGUCGGGGCAGCUGAGCAGAAGCGCCUGUGUCACACCUCUCUCGACGACGGGGAAUUCUGGAUGGCGUUUAGGGACUUCAGGACCCACUUUGACAAGGUAGAAAUCUGCAACCUGACUCCUGACGCCCUGGAGGAGGAUGCUGUCCACAAAUGGGAGGUGACGGUCCAUCAAGGAAGCUGGGUGCGGGGCUCCACCGCCGGGGGCUGCCGCAAUUUUCUAGAUACCUUCUGGACCAAUCCACAGAUAAAACUGUCCUUGAUUGAGAAAGAUGAGGGGCAAGAGGACUGCACUUUCCUUGUAGCCCUGAUGCAGAAAGAUCGAAGGAAACUCAAGAGGUUUGGUGCCGACAUGCUGACCAUUGGCUAUGCCAUUUACCAGAGCCCCCGCAAAGACGAACACCUGAACAAAGACUUCUUCAGGUACCAUGCUUCCCGGGCCAGAAGCAAAACGUUCAUCAACCUGAGAGAAGUCUCCAACCGCUUCCAGCUGCCCCCUGGGGAGUAUAUCCUGAUACCCAGCACUUUUGAGCCCCAUCAGGAAGCUGAUUUCUGCCUGAGGAUCUUUACGGAGAAGAAAAUUAUCACCCAGGACAUGGAUGGAGAUGUGAACAUUGACCUUCCCGAGCUUCCGAAGCCGACACCAGCUGGCCAGGAGACAGAGGAGCAACUGCAGUUCUGGGCCCUGUUUGAACAAGUUGCCGGUGAGGACAUGGAGGUAACUGCAGAGAAACUGGAAUAUGUUUUAAAUGCGGUGCUGCGAAAGAAAAAGGACGUCAAAUUCAAGAAGCUCAGCCUGAUUUCCUGUAAAAACAUCAUUUCUCUAAUGGACACCAGCGGCAACGGGAAGCUGGAGUUCGCGGAGUUCAAAAUGUUCUGGGACAAGCUGCAGAAGUGGACAAACCUGUUCCUUCAGUUCGAUGCUGACAAGUCUGGCACCAUGUCCUCCUAUGAGCUGCGGACUGCCCUGAAAGCCACAGGCUUCCAGCUGAGCGGUCGCCUCCUGCAGCUGAUUGUCCUCAGGUACACAGACGAGAACCUCCAGCUGGGCUUUGAUGACUUCCUCAACUGCCUGGUCCGGCUGGAGAACGCAAGCCGGGUGUUCCAGGCGCUCAGUACAAAGAACAAGGAGUUCAUUCAUCUCAACAUAAACGAGUUCAUCAAGCUGACAAUGAACAUCUGAGGCUUCCCUGGCAAGGACGCACUCUGUCCGGCUGAGUCUUGACUUCUGGACCACGAACUUCAGAACAUUUCUUGGUGUAGAGCUCUCCUCUCAUGACCCAACCUUCUCCUCCCCCUGCCCCACCAUCUUGAUCUUGGAAGAAUGAAAUGGACACAGCUCUGACCUCGGAUUUUAUGCUAUUUCUCUGUACAAUCACUUCCCGAAGAUGGCUGGUGCCUUACCUUCAGGUUCAGGCAUUUCCCUUUCCUUCUCCACCUCUUCCCACUACUAAUUAUCCAAAGUGUAACUUGGUGCAUAGAACCCUGGCUUCAACGGAGCAUCCAUCAUUAUACUCAAACAUCCGACACAGGAAAUGUUUUUGUUUUUGUUUUGUUUUGUUUUUAAGCUUAUUUAUUUUGAGAGAGAGAAUGUGUGUGCAUGCACGAGUGGGGAAGGGGCAGAGAGAAAGGGAGAGCAGGCUCCACCCUGUCAGUGCAGAGCCUGAUGUGGGGCUUGAACUCACAAACCCUGAGAUCAUGACCUGAGCCGAAAUCGAGAGUCAGACACUUAACCAACUGAGCCACCCAGGCGCCACAGGACAAUGUUUUUGUAAGUACGUUGGGGAUGAGAAGGGAAAGGUGUGAUGUCAUAAUUAAGCAUUUUCUUCAUCCUAGGUGUGUUUGCUUACUGGGGGCAAACAUCAGGGAAUUCCGGAUGCUUACUUGUAGGAGCGGAACAACACGAAAAUCUCUAUUUCCUCCUCCAAGAGGUGGUAACUAAUUCUCCAUCCAGUCCAGACACUCUUUGUGUCUAAAGCUUUUGGGUCAGAAAUGCCAAAGGCAAUGUUAUUUCUUCUCGGGAGUCCAGAUUCAGGUCAGACUGGAUUGCAUUCAUUUCCACCAUGAUGGCGGAAGAACAGGGUGGAGAAGCCUUCUUUUAGCUCCCUGACCCUGCAUAGGAAAAUCCCACCAAACUGGAUCAUGGAAAAUAACAUGAUAAGAUGUUGCCUCAGUAAAUGCUAGGUCUCGCUUUCUUAUUUAUAUACCUGUGGCAGGUGAGGUGGCAUGGAAAGGUGUUCAGAGAGGGAAGGAGGAAGCAUGGUUGGGAUGAACAUGAAGGUAGAAACAAAACCUCAUCAAGAGCCCUGCCCCCUGGCUGAAGGUGUCAGGGCAACACGGUCUUCUCUCUCGCUUCCCAACCCUUCCCUGAGCUCACCCAGCAAUGGAUGCAGGACAGGAGCGACGUGCAACAGCCAUAUUUUCUAGUUUUUGCACUUGAUCAUUGACACAUUGAGGCCUUGCUGACCCUGGGGGGGACUGCCCCUUUCGGGGCUAGUCAAUUCCCAGAGAGAGCAAACAACUUGCAUUGACAAGCCACCCAAUCCAGAGCCCACACCCCAACCAUCUCCUCUAUGGGGCUUUCACACUCCAGGCCUCUACCCAACCCCCCCCCCCUCGCCCUCAUCACCACGGGGCCAGGUGCCAUACAACUAGGGGCACCCCUAUGCCCCAGAGCCUGCUGAAAUUACUCUGCCUCACUCAUUCUUCCCAUGGAAACCACAGUUAAGACUCUUGCCCAUGUUUUCCUCUUGCUCCCUCUACUUCUUGAGCAAUCCCGGGGGGUCUCUGUAUGGUCCUACAUGGCAGGCCCCCUCCUCUUGGGAUCUGUGAGUAUAACAAGUUACCUUUUCAAUAGCAACUGUCUCCUGAUCUGUUGGUCUGACACCAUGUGAUAACUCGAAUGUGUCAGGAGAAAUGAACAGCACUACAAAUGGUAUCUGUGGGCAAAGACAGAAGACUAUACAUAUAUGUUUUCUCUUUUCUAAACCUCUUUUCUCU